GCCCCUUAUAAUAUGGAUUCAAUAGACUACUAAGAAGCGAAAUUCAAAUUUCAAGGUGUUCGCAAACACUUCUUUAAGGAUGUCAUUUAUCAUAUAACUGUGUUUGAUGAUAUGGUCACUAUGGGAACAGUAAAAACAUUAUAUAAUUGGUUUAGACUUCGGAUUGCCAAAACCCGAAAUACAAACUGAAGCUGAAUCUUGAAACGAAAAUAAAUUGGGAGUUGCGAAAGAAUAAGGAGGAACUCGAUUGCUUUGAGUUUGAGCAUUAAAACAAAAGGAAAGUUGUUCAUGCCUAGCCAAAGGAUUUAUUUAAGUACAGUUUUGUUUAAGUAUUUUAGAUUCAAAGAACUAUUAGCAGGAAAAGUGACUUUUGAGGGCAUUGGCGAUUUAUUCUAACCACUAUAUCAGAUAGGGAAGGGAAGCUCAGCAAAAGUACAGCAUUUUUGUUGAUAUGUAGGUGUAUAGUGCAAAGAGUGCAUUAGAUUAAAGAGUAUAUGCGGUGAAGGCAAUAGAGAAGGCUUUUCUUAAGAUAUCUGAGAAUGGAAGCGGAUUAGUAAAUAUAUUUAAGAUUUUUAGUAAGGUUUUUAAUCUGAAGUUCAAAUUCUCAGAGCAUUAUAAUAAUACGAAAGUAAUUUUCUGGUGUUGAAGGAGAUAUAUGAGGGUGACAACACUCUGUAUGUGGUUACAUCCUAUUUGGAAGGGUUGAGUCUGAGUGGAGAAUUAGAAAAAGCCAAGGUACAAUUAAAUAUUCAUAUCAAGACUCUGCCCAACAAAAGACUACCAAUAAACAGUAUCAAGAUAAUAAUGAGGAAACUUUUGACCAAUUUAAAAAUUCUGCAUUCUCAUCGUGUAUUAAUUUAACAUUUAGUUAUAGAUUAUCCAUAGAGACUUAAAACCAGAUAAUUUGAUGUUUUCUAGAAAGAAUGAUUAUACGUCGUUAGUUCUAGUCGAUUUCGGAUUGGCCACUUCAGAACUUCUGGACAAGUAAGAAUUAUAAUCAAUUAUAAGGUAUUUGUUUCCCAAAUGCGGGACACCUGGCUAUGUGGCUCCUGAGGUAUUGAUUAGUAGAUCAGAUCUAAGAUAUAAUUGUAAGGUUGAUAUAUUUUCUGCAGGAUGCAUUUUUUAUAAAUUACUUACUGGACAUAGUUUGUUUAUUGGAUAGAAUUUCGAUGAAGUCUUGAAAUCUAAUAAAAUGUGUUAGAUCGAUUUGGAUCUACCCAUUGACGGCGUUUACAUUACAGAAUAAUCAAUAGUAAUUAUUUCUAAUUAUUCUAGGAUAUUUUGAGGAGGAUGCUAAACAAGAAUCCAAAAAUCAGGAUCAGUGCCACUUAAGCUCUGCAACAUUAGUUUUUAGACUCCAAUAGUGAUUUCAGCACUUAAGCUAUUUAAUCAACUGGUUAAUAAAUGACAAAAAAUGCAAUUUAUUAAUUGAAUUUGGCUGAAUCUGAAUCCAAAUAUAAUAGUUAAAAUGAGAUUAAUGAUGAAUAAUAGUAGAAUUCUAAAAUUAAUGAUACAAAAAGAUAUUUAUUGAUGAAUGAGAUGCCACUUUCAGCCAAAAGAAGCAGUGGAUAGUUUUCAGGUACUUUUUAUCACAAGGAUCCUCUAUCAGCUGUAAAAACAAUUAAGAUUACAAAUGAAACAUCAUAGCCACUUAAAUUAAGUAGUCAUUAAUCAGCUUCCUAAUUUUGA